GCUGGGAUAAAACUGAUUGAGUUGACUAAGAAACUUCAAAGUUUUCGAACACCGAGAAAUUAAAAGUGCUGGACAAUGUUUGCUCAUAUUUUUUAAGAAAUGCUGGUGUAUUGCCUAAGUAUCCCAUUAAACAGGAAAUAAACUACAACAGGCUUUCUUCGCCACACUUAAAUUGAUGAGUUUUUAAAACUGCAUUUUGCAAUUUUCUACUGAAUUGAAUUUCCGCAACACACAUAGAUGCAUAUGAAAGGACUAAAUGUUAAUUUACGCUGGUAUAAGUGUUCGUAUAUCCACGUACUAUAUACGGAUUUUCACACGCCAUUACCCUGAAGAAUUAAGCUAAGUGCUGUACAUCAAUAAGAGUGGACACUAUCGGAUAAAAUGUCGUGAGCGAUAACGUAAUGUGUGGCUUAUUGUAAAUGUAUCGCAAAAUGCGAAAAACAACAACUACACAACAUAGAGGGAUAUGCAUGCAAAUAGGUGGGUAAACGGAAACCUUGAAUCAUUUUGAUAGUCAUGCACACAAGGGACGUGCUAGCUAGUCUAGUAUAUGCCAACGGCAACAUGUUGCAUGAGUGGCAGCCGAUAUUGAAGUGUUUGGCCAUUGUUGGACUGGUGCCAUUUGCCAACAACUGCCAACGUCAACUCCAGCAAUGGCAACGCAUCUACACAUUCAUCUUGCUAGCGGCGAAUUGGAUUCUAACUGCCUAUGGGAUCUUCGAACAGCCCAUGUAUGAUGAAGUGCUGGUAUCGAAUUUUGUCAGCGUUAUGGUUUUUCUCAGCCAAAGUUUGGCGUUCACGGUAUGCCUGCUGGAGGGGAUGUGCACGUUUCGUUUACAUUUCGCCUUCAUGCAGCAAUCACAGCGCAUUGUGUGGGUCAUUCAGCAGCGCCUGCACACCGGUUUGUGUCGUUGGAGUUUGCGGCGACGUCAGCGUUUCAAAUAUAUAUGGUACUCAUGUAUCGCCUAUGGCAGUCUAUCUAUAUCGAUGGUGGUCAUUUCGAUCAAAUUCUAUUACGGUUACUUUUGGUAUGCUCUGGGUUGUAUUUUGGUGUUGCGUACACGCUGCCUAAUGGCCAUUAUCUAUCUGGACUAUAUCGAUUUCUAUAUGUCGCAUUUGAAUAUGAAGCUGCGUUCGGUGGUGAAUUCUCGUUUGCGCAAACAGCGUUUGUGCUUGGAUGUUAAUUACAAAAUGUUGGAAUCAUUCGAUUAUUUGCUGCAGUUGAAAUUGGUGUAUGGUGAGAUAAAUAAAUUGACAGCAAUGUUCGACGAUUUGUUCGGUUGGUCGCUUUGUGCUUUAUUAACGGUUAUUUUUCUGGAUAUUACCGUUAAUUCAUAUUGGACGUUUCUAACAUUAUCCAGAGUUUUCGAAUUUUAUUUCCUUUACUUAACCCUAUCAACGGUAUUUCCGCUGGCCACUAUCAUCAGCGUUUUGUGCUAUGCUGCAGAGAACUGUAAACAGCAGGGCAUUACUACCGGAAUUUUGAUACAGCGCUUAUUAAAUAGUAAAUGCAAAUAUAGAAAUAAGAAAACGUACAACGAUCUGUUAUUCGAAUUUGCAAUGCAAAUAAAACAAGAUCCAAUGGUAAUAGUGAUUAAAGAGUUUGUGAUUGUGGAUUUGCGAUUACUAAUGAAGAUUUUUACCGCAAUGGUCACAUAUUUGGUCAUACUUCUACAAUUUCGAUGGACAUAUCCAGAGGAUUACGGGGAUGUGAACUGAGACAUAUUUGAAGCAUCAAUAUGUAUUUCUUUAUAAAUAUUUCAGAACUAUUAUAUGAUGUGCAUAUAUAUACGAUAUACACAUUUACACAUGUUGUGAAUAAGAGCUUUCGAAACCAAUUCAAUAAUAUUAUCUACAUAAUAAAUGUUCAUUUAAAGGAAAUACACUGCAUUUGCGUGUGUGCCUACGGAAAUUGUAAAUAAUUCAUUAAAAUUUCAGUGAGCAAUAUUUAAAGAAU